UUAGUUACUAACGCUCUCUCUCUCUCUCUCUCUCUCUCUCUCUCAUAUUCUUCUUCUUCUUCUUCUAUCAAAACCCUAACUUUUUUCCUAUAAAAUAUUCAUUCACUUUAAUCUUCCUCCGUACGGAAAAACAUUCCAAAACGUGUUUUUGUCUUAGAUCUUUCUCUUUUGAUCUUCUUCUUUCUUCUUCUUUUCAGAUUCCUGAUUGAACCAGAGCCACCACCACCUGUUUCAGAAAAGGAUGGAUCAUCAAGGGCAUGGCCAGAACCCAUCUAUGGGGGUUGGUGGUAGUGGGCCACAGAUGACAUAUGGUUCUAAUCCAUACCUUCAGAAUCCUCUAACUGGGCCACCUGGGAUGGUUGUUUCAUCAGCUGGGAAUGUUCAAUCGACUGGUCAGCCAGUGGGAACUCAGAUGGGUCAUCCUCAACUUGCUUAUCAGCACAUCCAUCAGCAACAGCAGCAGCAACUUCAGCAGCAGCUCCAAGCCUUUUGGGCAAAUCAGUAUCAAGAAAUUGACAAGGUAUCUGAUUUCAAGAACCACAGCCUUCCCCUGGCGAGGAUCAAGAAGAUUAUGAAGGCUGAUGAGGAUGUAAGGAUGAUAUCAGCUGAGGCGCCGGUCGUGUUCGCGAGGGCGUGUGAGAUGUUCAUAUUAGAGCUAACUCUGCGUUCCUGGAAUCACACUGAAGAGAACAAGAGGAGAACACUUCAGAAGAAUGACAUUGCUGCAGCCAUCACAAGAACUGAUAUCUUUGAUUUCUUGGUUGACAUCGUGCCUCGGGAGGACCUGAAAGAUGAAGUGCUUGCAACAAUGCCCGGAGGAGCAAUGCCUGUUGCUGGGCCUGGUGAUGGACUUCCUUAUUGCUACAUGCCGCCUCAACAUGCACAGCAAGUUGGACCUGGAGGUGUCAUGAUGCAUAAACCUGUGAUGGACCCGAAUAUGUAUGCUAUGCAGCCUGAUCCCUUCAUGGCACCACAAAUGUGGCUCCAACCGCCAGAGCAACAACAAUCAUCUCCAGACCAUUAGCUACCUGUUAUUGAAGCUUCAUGGAUAUUAAGAUUACUGAUGCCUGUUAGUUAUCAGUUGCAGACUUGGGGACGAAAAAUUGGAUGGUGGGAUCCGAGAAGGCCCUAGUGAUUAGAAAAUGUAGCUGAUAGCUUACAUGCAAUGCAGACAUUAACAUAUAUAGUUCGACUGUGUGCUAGUGAAAUUUUAACCUUUUAUUAAGCUGGAUGAGAUUAUGUUUUCUUGGUUUAAUUUUCUUGUCUUCAGAUGGUAAUAUCCACUCAAGCAGAAUUUUAACUAGGGAUUUAGCUCCUUUGACACUGGAGCAUCUUAUGCAUUCAGAACUUAACACUGUAUUUUUAUUCUCA